AUGGAUGACUCGCUUGAACAACCAGAUGCAAAACCACCUGUGGUAAAUGUCAACACAGAUGCACAUGAAGAAGGUGGAGAUGACUCGGAUGAUGACGGAGAUGUCGUUCUUGACUGGACAAAACUUGUCACAGCGCGUCCCGUUAUACCACGCCGCGGAGAAAAGGAAUUUGAGCCUCAACCCGGCGGAGGAUCAGGACUGCAAGUUCAUGUUCUCGAUCGAGCGAGAAAUGCUAUGUUCGAUGCCAUUCGCGCAACGAGAACGAUAUCUAGCAAAGUGGUCAGCUACACGAUGUGGCAUCCCCAAAUAUCGAGGGCUCACGUAGUUCUUGCACGCGGAACCCAUUAUAACACCCUUGGCCAUUCCGUUCCGCGUCCCAUCCAAACUGAUGACGGGAUCCAGAAGACACAAAAAAGACUAGAACUUCUUCCCGAAGAGGCUCUUUAUCUUAUUGAAAGAGGCUCUGCAUUUUGUUGGAAAGAAACCGACUUGGAUGUCACCGAGGUCGAUGGUGCCGAACCCGUCUUGGGCGCUCCAAUGAGCGUUCAUCAGGCAUAUACCGAAAUGAUUGGCUCUCAAGACCUCACUUUGGAGCGGUAUCAAGUGUACGCCUAUCUCAAGCGACUAGGUUAUGUGGUCACACGCACUACGCCCCCCAACCCUGAAUAUCCCAUCCCUCCUCCCUUCGAUUUAUCUCCUCUAAACAAGAAAAUAAUGCCAAUCUGGGACAGAAUUCGCGCCUUUUGUCCUUCUUGGAUCACGCGCUUGUUUGUUGGCCAAUUCGACUGGUGGAGACCACUUCGCCUGAGCAAAUGGUCCUUCAGUGGCCGAAACUAUAGCACAAUGUUCGAUGGCUUGCGUUUCUUAAGAUCGGGGCAUAGCAUUCCACUCCUCGUACCUAAAACUGCUCCUGCAAUUGGCUUACCAACACGAUCCUCGCCAUACCACAUAUUUUUCAACGUCCACAAACCCGCAACUUCAUACCGAAAAACAUCUCCCUGUCCUCCAGACUACCAAAUUGUGGUCGUCAAUGCACGAACAACACCAAUGCCGAGCCUGCGCGAACUUACCGAGUUAUUUGAUGUGUCUCCCGAGCUACCGCCACCACUUCCGCGGCAACGACGUCCUGGCAAAGCUACCUUCCAGCCAGGGCCAGUUGCUCCUCCUCCUUCGUGGACCAAACGAUUGCAAGAUUGGUUACGAAACAAGCCGCCAAAAUACGUACCACCUCCAAGGAAACCUCACCCAUUUAUGGUGAUGAAAUCGGGAAAAAAGACGGUCAUCGUUGCAGUUGUGGAUGCAGGUAAUAUUGGCUUUUUCCGCUUUGGACAGGGCGCCUUCGAAGAGAUGCCGCUGGUAUAG